AUGAGUGCAAAAUCCACUGGAAAACGGAUAGAGUGCCAAAGAUGUGUUCUCAUGAACAAAACGGAAACGCUCAAAUACAGGUUCAAAUUGGACUUUGAAGAGAAGUACGGGAAGAGGGGAUUCCACCACAUCUUCCUGAACUGGCUCUAUAGAUGCUGGAAAGUCGAAUUCGGAGAUACCAUCCCGCUCACGGUUUCCAAGGACGCAAAGCGGAAGUUCUGCUCGGAUAGGGCCGGUGACGCCUUUGCUCGCUUCCUGGGCAGGUAUAUGGAGGUACAUACCGAGUCUACAGAGUCUCAAGAUAAAAGAAAAAAGGAGAAAAGGGGACCCCGCGUGCUCAUCGUUCCUGUAAGCGAGAGAAAUAACAAUAACACCAAGGUGCCAGAUGCGAAGAAUGAUGCAGAUGGACUUGAAAAUGAAUGCUACUCCAAAAGCGUCGACUCCAUCGAACUGGGCCUUAGUAUCAUAUUCCAAUGCCAGUCCGUGCCGCAUACCUGUGGGAGUUGGUUCAUUGCCAAGCCGAUCACGAUUAAUGCAUGUUGCCGCAAGGCUCGUGCUCGUACAGGGGAAGAAAAAAAGAAAGCAAAUAGAAGGACCAAAGGGAAUAAUGAAAGCAGAAGGAAAAGGGAGGAAUUCAAGUUCAAAACCGACGAGGAAUGGGAGCGGGCUAAGAGGAGAAAGGAGCAAGAGAGAAGAGAGCUUGUUCGUCUGGUGACCGAGUACGUUGCCAAGGAUACCUUCGUGUGCUGGAAGGAGGUAAAUGGAGACAUAGGCAGCACCACGCCCGUGGUAUAUAACCCGCCGAAGAAGACAUAUGUCGAGUCGAGGUACUAUGGAGACUAA